AAAUAACGCUCAAAAGCGAAUGAACCGUGGAGCAGGGAGCAUGGAUUAGUUGCCCUCCGAAGGCAAGAUCAAAGUGCGAGUUCUAAAAACAGAUAGUGGCAGAAACAUAACACGCGGUGCAUCUCUGUUCUCAGAUAUAGAUUCAAAAAUCGAUUUGAACUAUAUUUAAAACCGUUUGAUUGUGCUUAGUUCGACCACUUACCGGAUACGGAUCCAUUCGCAAAAUGUUUCGUCGAACGUUGACCGUCGCGUAUUCGCCGUUCCGCAACAACUUUGUUACACUACCGGACAACUAUCUCCGAAUGAUUUCCAGCUAUAAAAACGGCUGUUUAAGCAUAACGCACGGAAUAGACAACUUCUACAUGUCGUGGUCGCCCUACGGAGGGGGAGGCUAUCAGGACAAUCGAAUCGGCAUCAAUGCACAGGUGGCCACCGCAAUGGGCCUGAAGGAGGGCGAUUCCGUGAUGGUGGCUAUGAUUAUAGAGGUGCGAUCGCUCAAGACAGUGGAAGUGACGGCCGCUUCCGAAAAGGAUUGGGAUAUGAUGCAAGUAAGCAGCAAUCGCAUCCAAUCGAUUUUGCUCAACCAGACACGAAUAGUAACGAAAGGCCAACAUUUGAUUGUCUGGAUAAAUGAUUCCAUCAGCAUCAGAAUAAAGAUUAAGUUCACUAUUCCACCACUUCCGUACGGCCGGCUGGAGAACGAUACCGAAUUGGUGGUGGAACCAUAUAAAAAGGUACUGAAGAAGGAACCCGAUCCACCGGCUGCACUGACGCGAAGCAACACCAACAUCAGCAUUGCCGAAUUGGUACGACAGCGCAAUCUUGAGCGACAGCAGUCCAAAGAGUUGGCCAACGGGGAUACCUUGGUAAAUUCCGCCGGAAUAAUCAACACGGACCCAGUGGUUAAGAAGCGACCCACCACCUGGCAUCGUAAUAAUGAACAGGAAGCGGUAAAAGACAACCACAAGGAGGAUACGGUCCGAGAGAGGAAGAAGAACAUUUUGAAGCGCAACUCGACAGUCGAUGCACCGAUCAAUGGUGUAACGGUCAGCGCUCAAACUGCUGUUCGAAAUUCGUCGUUUGAGAACGAUCUUGAUAAGCAUUUGAAUAAGUUGCAAACCAGUAAAUCGAUGGCAAGUGUUUUGAAUGGUGAUGCUGCCAGCGAGGAACGAAUGACGGCGGAAAAUAGGUACAAACAUAAGGGGCAGUACUUGGAUGAUUUGGUGGCCACAUUGACGAGGGAAGUGCCAAAGAUCAAUGAGUUUAGAGUUAUCAAGGGAGUGUGGAACAACCGGAGGAAUAGUACCCAAAUUUGUGAUAUUUAUGUCUCGAAGGAAAACAUCCCGAGCGGGAUGGAUAUUCAUCAGCCUUUUCUGCUAACCACUAACGACGAACAAGAGUACUACGUCAAUGUGAGACUGACCGCUGACACGGAAAGAUUUCCAAACAAUGCAUAUCCCACUGUCGAAAUUAAUGAUAAGCUGAUGGGUCAGUUGGAAAUUAACCACGGUGAGAAAGUAACCCUGAGGGCAAAACACAAUGCGCUGAAUAUAGUGGAUAUGAUUGAACUCGUUCCGGCCACGAAGGUGGCCCCGAAGAUUGCCGAAGAUAUAGUGGAAAAAUUCAAAGAGUUUAUUCUGCACAAUUCGAAAGUACAUCCCUUGCUGUUAAAUCAGGGUCAAAUUUUUAAGCUUCCCGAGUACUACCUGACCGUUAAGUUACAACCAACGAAUCUAAAGUAUUGCCUAGUGAAUGGGGUGAUUCUGAGGCAAGGCAAAGUUGUUUGUUCGGAUGAGGUAAAGAGUGUGGGUAAUGUGAUAGUAACUGAGGAGGAAGAGAGGAAAGUGAAACCCAGUGAACACGGACAACCGAAGCAGGUGAAGUUACCUAAGUUUCAUAAAAUUAUCGACGAUUGUGUGGACCAACUAAAGUUGAAGUUAUGCCUUGAUGACAGGAGCAUGAAAAGGAAGAAUUACAACAUAAUUGUUGCUGGUCCUACCCAGAGCGGUAAAAGCACAAUCUGCCAGAUCAUAAUGGGUCGCCUGAGCGAACCUCCGUUUCACUGUUUUUCCACAACGUUCAACUGCUCGAAACACAAGGGUCGGAAGCCGGACUCGAUUCAGAAGGAUCUGCGGCACGUUUUCUAUCUGUGCAUGUUUCACAGUCCGGCCGUUGUCUUCAUGGAGGACCUAGAUGUGCUGGCACAUCAUGCUGGGGAGCAGAAUACUCAGGAUUCGGAGUAUCACAAUAAAGUUUCGGACGUGAUCCGGAAACAAAUCGACGAGUUCACCAGCUCCAAUCCGAUUUCGGUGAUAGCGUCCGUUGGCAGCGUAAGCAAUUUAAACCGAAGGGUUUAUUCCUCAAGGGGAUUCCAUCUGUUUCAUCACAUCUGUCGCGUGCCAAACCUAGACAAGACUGACCGAGAGACGGCGAUCAAGAGUCUCUUCGUGAAUAAGCACUGCAAGUUGGAGCGAAAGAUCAACUGGAAGCGGUUGUCGCAUACUACCGAGGGCUAUACCGUCGGCAGUUUGGCCCAGAUGGUGGACCGGGCCGUGUUCUACGCUUUCAAAAACAAUUCCAAAUAUCCGCUCGUAACGGAGGACAUGGUGAACAACGCUCUGGACGUCACCAACUCGUACUGUUUGCAAGGCAUUGAGCAGCAUAAGCGGUCCGAUGAUUUGGAGGAUGACGACGAUGUGCCAGGCGAUCAAAUACCGGGGCUGGAAAUCGCUAUCGAUGUGUUCCAGGAGGUUCUCAUGUGGCCAACCAAAUUCCCGAAGAUAUUCGAAAACUCCCCGUUGAGGAAUCAGGCGGGAGUGCUGUUGUUCGGUCCCCCGGGCACCGGAAAAACAUAUCUCGUUUCAAAACUAGCCAAAACCUGGAACUUCCGGAUGAUUUCGGUAAAGGGUCCCGAGCUGCUGGCUAAGUACAUUGGACAGAGCGAGGAGAAUGUGCGCAAUCUGUUCGACAGGGCGCGAAGCGCCAGACCCUGUGUUCUGUUCUUUGACGAGUUUGACAGUUUGGCUCCGCGGCGAGGUCAUGAUUCGACUGGGGUAACGGAUCGAGUGGUGAAUCAAUUGCUCACGGAAUUGGACGGCGUGGAAGGAUUGCAGGGUGUUACGGUGAUCGGUGCAACAUCAAGACCGGAACUUCUGGAUCCAGCUUUGCUGAGAUCGGGGAGAAUCGAUCGAUUGAUUGAAUGUGCUUUGCCGGAUGAGAAAUCACGCCAUGCCAUUUUUGAGAACCACAGUCGAAGUUUGGAUCUGGCGCCGGACGUACAGUGGCCAUACUUCGCGAAAAACUCCAACUGCUAUACUGGGGCGGAUAUUCGUAGCGUUCUCACCACGGCCAAUAUGCUUGCCGUUCAGGAGUGUCUAGCCGGUGUCACUAAAGAAGAGCAUGUUCCGGAAAAGAUAACGAUUAGUCAACGACAUCUUCUGGAAGCGUUCGCCAGCACCCGACCCUCGCUAAGUCCCCUGGAUGUGAAGAAGUACAAGGACACGUACGCACGAUUCACGAACAAAGAACCAACUCCAAGGGAUUUUGUGGCUAAACGAGCCACGUUGGCUUAAACGAAUUUUUCGUCGUUACUUACAGUGAUUGUUGGUUUGGAAUGUUUAUUCUAUGAUGUUAUUCAUUAGGUUAGAGUAAUAGGCAAUGAGGUUUAUUUUUUUAAACAGGGACAAAUACUUCAUACAA